AUGCUUUAUAAACCAAACACAAUUUCAAUAAUUUAUAAAAAUACCUUUUUUACUUCUUUCACUUUCGCUACUUUAAAUAUAUUUUGGCUUGAUUCUUUUAACUCAAUGAUUUUCAAUUCGUUGUCUUUAAUUGAUUGUUGUGUCUUUUUCACAUUUUUAUGUUUUUCCAAUUUAAGUGCAUUUAUUCAAACUCAUUUUAUUCAAAUUCUGCAAAACAUUCAAAAUUUGUCACGAUGGACAAAUAACAACCCCGUCUUGAUUAUUGAGCCUGGCGUUGGUAAGACAGCUAUUUGGAAGGGUUUGUUGCAGCCAAAAGUAAAAAAAUACAAACUCAUCGAACUUGAAAUGGGUGCCCUGAUUAUUGUUGCACAAUACAGAGGACAAUUUGAAAGGCGACUGAAGACUGUUUUAAAGGAGGUGAAAGCGAAUUGCAUUCAAGUCAUAAGUCUAUUUCCUUUUUUCAGUCGUCUUUUUAUUCGGUUAUUUUGUUCAUUUUAUUCGUAUAAGGUGAACAAGACUUCCUACAAUUCGCUUUCAGCAGCAUAUUUAGCAAAUAGGCUGCUAUAA